CGUGAACAGAAACAAACAUGGCGCCGCGAAAGUGAGGAAAACUGCUGUCAGUCAGUUUGGGGUCCACGCUCGCGCCAUCCCGUCACACAGAUGAGAGGAAGAAGAGGACGCUCUUCGUCACCAGGUAAAUCAGCUGCGGGUCGGUCUUGUAGAAAUCACCUAAACGCCAUAAGAGCUCAGUGUGAGACAAACCUGCUGCACAGGUGUGUGUUGCUGCACACAUGGUUUAACAGCUAUUUAAAGGGGGAAUGUGAAUUGGCCCAUACACCACAAAAAUCCAGCAUUUCCAGAACGUAAACAAAAGUAGGAAGUUUCUCAGGAGCAGAACAGGAUGCCUCUGAGGAAGCAAAUCAUCAAGGAUGCCGGUGACGCCCCCCCCGGAAGCCAGCGGACCGACGAAGACACACAGGAGGACGAAGCUCUCGACGACAGAGACGACAACGACGAGCUCUCGUCGUCACUUCUGUCGCCGUCGUCGUCCAGAGAAAAGCGCAGGAGAGAGCGGGGAAACAAAUCCAAACCCAAAGAGAUGACGGAGGAGGAGAUGAUGGACCUGGCCCUGCGUCUGAGUGAACAGGAAGCCAGCAUCACUGCGCUCAAGCUGCAGAAGGAGGAGGAGGCCGUGAUGAAAGCCAUCCAAGAGAGCAUGGUCGGCCAGACACAACCGUGCCCGCCUUCCCAAAGUCAGAGCCUGCUCGCCGACGCCGGAGCGUCACUCAGGCUUUGCUCUCGACGGAAACUCUUGUACUCAAACAGGAAGAUGGCGUCUGCCAUCGCUCAGGGAGCGUCAGAGGACGGCUGCACGCCGGAGACGGACCCGAACCCAGGAGCAAAAGGAAGCGGAGAUGAAAGUAACAACAGGAAUAAAAAGCGUAAAAGGAAAGAAGGAAGUCCUCUGCUGGAGAUGCCAGACUUGUCGCAGACUCAGGCUUCGCCCUGCAGCUCCGAGUCUCUCUCGGUGGCUCUGGACUCGCCGCAGAGCUCUGACUCGACCCAGAUCGACGACUGUCGGCCCCGUAAAUCCCCCGUCUUCCCCUCGACUGGCUGCCGAGCCGAGGUUCACGUCCCCCGGCUGAGCCAGGACCUGCUGCAGACCUGCAGAACCUCAGGGUUUGUGCUGUGCUCUCAGGACAGUUGGACCUCGCCUCAAAAGUCUCCGUCCGAUCAACCCGAGAGCCCAACGUUUCCCCAAAGCCCCGAACGCUCCAGUGACCUCACUUUGUCCAAGAGUCCAGUCUUCUCAGAGACCGAUCAGGGAGACGGUGGAGAGACAGAGCCGAGUCCUGAGUAUUUUAAAAGCCCCGUGUUUGGCAGGAAUACUCAGCAGGAGAGGUCUCCAAGUGCCUGCAGACCCCAAGUCAGCGUCUGUAACUCAGGGUUCACGUUUUCGUCUCAGGAGAGUUUAACCUUCUCUGCGAGGUCCACGUCCUGUCGGCCCGAGAGCCCGGUGUUCCCAAGAAGCCCCGGCCUUCCCAAGAGCCUCCCUUCCCCAGAAAGAUCCGCGGUCUGCACAAGUCCAGUUUUCUCGGAGACUGACCGAGUACAGACCCAGCAGAAUCGCGGCCCGGUGUUCGGCAGGACAGGACGACAAAAGAUUCACCAGGAUCUGCAGAAACACUCUGCGAGCCCUUCGGCUGCAGAGCUCGGCGGUUCAGGCAGUGAAGGGAGUUCAUCCGCUGCCAGGGGUCCUUCCCAGAGUCUGAGGCAGGACAGCAAGACCGAUCGCAAUCAAGACGUCAGGUUUAACAAGUCAUCUACGUCAGAUGACGCAGAGGGGCUGAAUGAAAUAUCCAAAGACCAGAACUCAGCCGAGACGGAGCUGACCAGCGAUAUGACGCUAGUCUGGUCUGAGGAGGACGAGGACGCCACGCCAGUGGGCUCGCCCAGCCCGGUCUUCCCAGAGGAGAGACCUGUCCAUCGGGCAGACGGCCAGGCUGCCUCCCUGAACCACGUGACUGCAGCUUCUCCGGGAACGAACGGCUCGAACUGCAGACCUUCGUCCUCUUCCACGUCGACCAGCAAACAGCAGCUUUCCACCACAGAGCGAGAACCACGGCCGGUCAGCAGCCAGGGAGCGGCCGGCGGGGGGUCGGCCCCGCCUGGGGAGCCUGCAGGCGGGCCGUCGGUGCACUACUACUGGGGGGUUCCCUUCUGUCCACGAGGCCUGGACCCAGACAGCUACACACAGGUGAUCCUGGCCCAGAUGGAGGUGUAUGAGAAGAGUCUGAAGCGGGCCCAGAGGUGUCUGCUGAGGAAGGCGAAGUGGGGCGAGGCCGUCCUGCCAGAGCCGGAGAAAUCUCCUGCGUCACCUGAGUCUCCUGCUGAAUCACCUCAACAGCCCGUCCCUCGAAGGCGUGGCCUCAGACUGGGAGGCAAAAAAACGCGUGAACCAGCCGAUGCCUCUCCAGCUGAGGCAGAAGAGGAAGGAGACAAGAAGGAUGAAGAGGAGGAAAGAGAGAACAAAGAAGAGAAGAAGAAUGAGGGAGAAGGACGGGUCGAUACUGACGACUGUGAGGUUUGUCCAGAGACGCAACUGAGUGACGACGACGACGGGACGCAAGAUCUGAUGAUGGCCACUGACGCCGGAGCAGAGCUCACAACGCUGUCUGAGGUCGAAAUGAUUCUCCGAGGCGAUUCUCCGGCCGGGCGCGAGCCGCGGGUGGAGGAGGAGGAGGAGGGGAUGGAGGUGGAGGUGGACGGCCCAGUGGACAGAAAGACGAAGGGAACGAACAUCGCCGUCGGCAGCAGUGACGUCGGAGGACAGAGUAUGAGAAAGGAGCAGGUAGAGGAGGACGGGGGGGAUCCAGACGUGAAGGAGAUAAAGGAUCGAGGGCUUCAGGGGUCGACGUCUCCUGAACUGGACCCAGCCGCCGUCCCUCGGAGCCCCGGGACCAACGUGGACUGUCCCAUCUGUCAGGGAUCCUUCCCUGCGACGGAGAUCGAGAUGCACGCUGCGUACUGCGACGGAGAGGUGGCCGUCGUGGACGAGCGGAGGCCCGAAGCCGACUACUUCCACGUGUCGCUGAAGCCACGGAGGAAGAGAGCGAGGAGAGCAGCAGCGACUGCCGAAGAGACCGACAACCCCUCUCACGCGGGCAAGAACCAAGAGAAAUGUUACAUCUGUCAGAAAGCCGUGGCUCUGGGAGACUACAGCAGACACACGGAGCUCUGCAUCCAGCGGCAGGCUUCAAAGACUGCAGCGAAAGGAAAUCUGCUGUCAGCUCUGGAGCAAACAGAGAGCAAGGAGGACUCAGAGGCCGGGCCGUCUGGAUCCAAACUCCAGCCAGGCGACGGGACUUCCUCUGCGGACCAGCUGACAAAUACUGUAGACGUCAUUGAUCUGCGGGACGACGACGACGACGAGGAGGACGAGCAGAAGGGCGGCGUUUCGGCGCUCCGGAUCAGUAACUCUCCCAUCAGAGCCUUCACUCCGAUCUCGGAGGCCACCGGCUGCCUUAUCGACUUCAAAAAGCAGCAGCGAGCCAAGAAGCUGAGCCAGAGACGAAGAUGAGGACGACCUCCCGAAGUCCUGGUGGUGCUGACUGAACAUACUGGAAACCAGAGCCUUAACUAAAGACCUGAAGAGUUAUCAGGUCGGACGGGACAUUACGAUUAGAAAAGACUUGAACUUUGGAUAUUUAUAUUGGAUAUUUAUGCAGGUAAACGAAUACAAAUUGAACAUCUCGCAUGUAUUCGAAGUGCAAAGGAAACCUGACUCUGACUCAUUUUGUGCCACUAAAUGUUUUCUGUAUUUGCGUUUUGUUUAUGUUGAAGGUCUUCCUCACUACCUCUUCGCGUAUUGAAACGUUUCCUUUGUGUCACCGCAGCUUCGGUUUAAUUCCCCCUCUAACUGUUAAUAUACAGCACCGUGUCGCAACCCUCUGAGUGGACGUCAACGUUCGUACAAACGAAAUCUGGCCCUUUAGCUUGAAACGUGAGAAGUUAUUGUUUGUAGCCGUGCUAACUGUGAGGCUAACCGUCAGUCGCUCCACCACAUUGGUCUGAACAACAACUGUCAGAUGGAUUGCCAUGAAAUCUUGUGCAGACAUUCAUGUUCUCCACAAGAGGAAUCCUGCUGACUUUGGUGAUCCUCUGAUUUGUCCUCUAGCGCCACCAGCAGGUCAAAAAACCUACGUUUAUAACAGGAAACCGCUAAAGCUAAUGACUGAAUUCAGCCUCAUCUGUACUUUAAUUAAGUAAUUAAUGCUAACACAACAUUGCUGACAUGCCAAAUAUUAGCACGCUGACUUGCUAACUGUGAGCAUGUGAGAAUUGCUAACACGAAGCAUGCUCACGCUAGCAUGUAAAUGUGCUAAACUGUUAAAUGUUAAACAUCAACAAGCUACGCUGAAACGCUGUACAAACAACACAAAAUUGGAAAUGUACCAUGCUAACUGUACACAUGUUCGCAUGCCAACUUUUGCUGAUGUUAGCAUUUUAGCUAACGCUAAGCUAAUGCAGAUACUACAAGCUAAGUGUUACCGUGAUUCAAAUAGGUCCAGUGUUGUGUUAAUUGAUGGGAAAACAGCCAAUUAGAGCUUCGUAGAUUGAUUAAGAAUGCUGAUGUCAUCUUCCUUUGCUUCAACUGACGAUUAUUUUCAUUAUUUACCUGCUUUUCUCGAUUAAUCAAUUAAUUGAUAUGUCUCUAAAAUGUCAGAAAACAGUGAAAGUUAUAACUUCCUAGAGCCGUAAGUGACUUUAACCCAAAGAUGUUCAUUUAACAGUCGUGUAUCACGAAGAAGAAGAAGUGGAAAAUUCUCACAUUUGAGAAGCUGGAACCUGUGGAAGUGAUAAAUGAUUAAUUGAUUGUCAGCUAAUGUUCUGUCAAUUGACUAAUCGACUGAUCGACUAAUCGUUUCAGCUCAGUGUGGAUGAGAUGGAUGAAGCUGUACAGGUUGAAAGUCAGUUUAUAGAAAUAAUCAGACUGAAUAAUUAAGUGAACAAAAAAUGGCUGAUCUAAUUAUCAGGCUAGCUAAAUGUUAGCAUGCUAACAUGCAACAUGUCAGAUCUUAACAAACCUUAACAUGUUAACUGUAGCCUUGUUAGCAUGCUAACAUGCAACGUGUCAGAUCUUAACACACCUUAACAUGUUAGCUGUAGCCUUGUUAGCAUGCUAACAUGCAACACGUCAGAUCUUAACACACCUUAACAUGUUAGCUGUAGCCUUGUUAGCAUGCUAACAUGCAACACGUCAGAUCUUAACACACCUUAACAUGUUAGCUGUAGCCUUGUUAGCAUGCUAACAUGCAAUGCAUCAGAUCUUAAUACACCUUAACAUGUUAACUGUAGCCUUGUUAGCAUGCUAACAUGCAACACGUCAGAUCUUAACACACCUUAACAUGUUAGCUGUAGCCUUGUUAGCAUGCUAACAUGCAACACGUCAGAUCUUAACACACCUUAACAUGUUAACUGUAGCCUUGUUAGCAUGCUAACAUGCAACGUGUCAGAUCUUAACACACCUUAACAUGUUAGCUGUAGCCUUGUUAGCAUGCUAACAUGCAACGUGUCAGAUCUUAACACACCUUAACAUGUUAACUGUAGCCUUGUUAGCAUGCUAACAUGCAACGUGUCAGAUCUUAACACACCUUAACAUGUUAGCUGUAGCCUUGUUAGCAUGCUAACAUGCAACGUGUCAGAUCUUAACACACCUUAACAUGUUAGCUGUAGCCUUGUUAGCAUGCUAACAUGCAACACGUCAGAUCUUAACACACCUUAACAUGUUAGCUGUAGCCUUGUUAGCAUGCUAACAUGCAACGCAUCAGAUCUUAAUACACCUUAACAUGUUAACUGUAGCCUUGUUAGCAUGCUAACAUGCAACACGUCAGAUCUUAACACACUUUAACAUGUUAGCUGUAGCCUUGUUAGCAUGCUAACAUGCAAUGCAUCAGAUCUUAAUACACCUUAACAUGUUAACUGUAGCCUUGUUAGCAUGCUAACAUGCAACACGUCAGAUCUUAACACACCUUAACAUGUUAGCUGUAGCCUUGUUAGCAUGCUAACAUGCAACACGUCAGAUCUUAACACACCUUAACAUGUUAACUGUAGCCUUGUUAGCAUGCUAACAUGCAACGUGUCAGAUCUUAACACACCUUAACAUGUUAGCUGUAGCCUUGUUAGCAUGCUAACAUGCAACACGUCAGAUCUUAACACACCUUAACAUGUUAGCUGUAGCCUUGUUAGCAUGCUAACAUGCAACGUGUCAGAUCUUAACACACCUUAACAUGUUAACUGUAGCCUUGUUAGCAUGCUAACAUGUCAGAUCUUAGCACACCUUAACAUGUUAACUGUAGCCUUGUUAGCAUGCUAACAUGGCAGUAUUAGUAUUGGAUCAGAGAAAGUUCAAAAUGCUUAAAAUGGAUACAGCCUCAGUUUUCAUCCUUUUCGUCAUGUUUCCUGGUUUGUCGGCACUUAAAUGGGAAUCAAACCCGUUUCCUAAAGAUCCCUCAGUACCUCUUGGGCACCGCGUCGCGUCUUCUUACUACGACUUGUUCAUACAGUACGUGGAAGGAAGUGCAAUGCGUUUAAAGCCUGAAAUUUCCCCCUUUAAGAUCAUAAACUGCCCGGUUUGGGCGUCAUUGUUCAGUUUCGUCCCACUGAAAGUCAGCGUAACCUUAACGUGUUUUUUGGGAAUCAGUCUCAAUGCGCGACGAUGAAAUUUACACUAAUGCAAGCUAAAAAAAUGCCCGUCGCUGUCCUGUAAAAUCAUUUUGUCCGUUUGUUUUCGUGCUCUCUCUUCACUGUGGACCAUUUUAACUGUGGGAGGUGCAGAGUUGAUGAAGAUGCAAUAUAUUUGUUCUUUAUUUCCCCCAUUUUAUUUCUUUUUGUCUUUGACUGUAUAUGCUCGGAGCAUCGGCCUCGACUACUGUAUCAGCACUUGAGAUUUAAUUUUGCAAGUUGUCCGAAGUAAACUCACCGUGUAAUGCACUGAA